AUGUCGCGGUACCAGCUACUGGCACCCGAUUCUACAUUCGUUAAGAAACAGUCACUGAAGCUGAAAAUUAUACAGGCAAGAUCAAGACCGCGCAUCGCGUCGAACAACGAAAAUGACGAAAACCAAGGAAGAGUAACGCGUGCCAAGGCAGCCGCUCUGACGGAUUAUGACCUCGCAAAGAAACCUCUUCAAAGCAAAAAGCCCACAACCAGCAGCCUCAACAAUACUGCGGCUCAACGGAAACGUGCUGCUCUGGGAGAUGUCACAAAUGCAACCAAAGCAGCUGAGCCCUCAUUAGGCGAAGGAAAGAAAGCAGCGAAUGGCAAGGUCGGUCUGGCAUCCAAGGUAGCACCGGCAGGUGUGCAGAAGCUCACGAGGACGAACUCUUCAAGAACAGCGCUAGGAGCGAAGGAUAACAACGUCAAAUCAAAGCCAGCAGCGUCAGAACUUAAGAGACAAGCUAGUGCGUCAGGCAUUGGUAACAUACAGAAGAAGCGUGCACAGAGCACAACCUCCACCGUCCACUCAAGCAAAGAAGCCACACCCGACGUCAAAGAGCCACCUCGAAAGAAGUCAUGUUCAGAGGCAGAGAUCAAGACCAGUAAGGCAGAGGCACAAGUAUUGGAGGAUGUGAAGACCACUGCUCAGGCUAUUCAAGAAGCUGUCAAUGACCUGGACGCAGAAGACCUCGACGAUCCAUUGAUGGUAGCAGAGUAUGUGCAGGAGAUCUUCGAGUACUACAAGGAAUUGGAGGGGACCACAAUGCCAAAUCCCGACUACAUGGAGCACCAAGACGACCUUGACUGGUCUAUGAGAGGGGUGCUUGUCGACUGGCUCAUCGAAGUGCAUACGCGCUUCCGCCUUCUGCCUGAGACCCUCUUUCUUGCCGUCAACAUUGUUGAUCGUUUCCUGUCCAGCAAAGUCGUUCCUCUGGAUAAGUUUCAGUUGGUUGGUGUUACUGCAAUGUUCAUCGCAUCAAAAUAUGAGGAAGUGCUCUCUCCACAUAUCGGCAACUUUGUUCAUGUCGCAGACAAUGGCUUCAGCGUUGACGAAGUACUGGCUGCUGAACGAUACACUCUGACUGCUCUUAAGUACGAUCUCAGCUACCCAAAUCCCAUGAACUUUCUUAGGAGAAUAUCGAAGGCCGACAACUAUGACAUCCAAACACGAACAAUCGGCAAGUACCUGAUGGAGAUCAGUCUGCUUGAUCAUCGCUUUAUGCCAUAUCGACAGAGUCAUGUUGCCGCCGCUGCUAUGUACCUGUCGCGUCUCAUCCUCGAACGCGGCCCAUGGGAUGCAACUCUGGCGCACUACUCUGGUUAUACGGAGGAGGAAAUUCAACCUAUAUUUGAACUCAUGCUUGACUAUCUUCACCGUCCCGUUGCACAUGAGGCAUUCUUUAAGAAGUACGCAAGCAAGAAAUUUCUGAAAGCAUCCAUAUUGACCCGGAAGUGGGCCAAAGACUUUCAUGCCAUGCAGAGCAAUGGUGUGGGUACUGCCCGUGACAGUGUCAAAUGUUCUCAGAAGACAGUGGACAAAUGA